GUCAAAUUUUCACAAAUUUCACAAUGACAAAUUGAUUCAGCCAGCUGUGUGAUUUCUAAAAAUUGCGUCUUAUUUAUAUUGUAAUUGUCUUCUUAGACUUUGUUUACCCUUAUUAUUCACAGUAUUUUCGUGUAGUUACGAGAAACAGUCGUGAAAAUGGCAUACGCCUACUUGUUCAAAUACAUCAUCAUCGGCGACACAGGUGUGGGCAAAUCAUGCCUCCUACUGCAGUUCACGGACAAACGGUUCCAGCCGGUGCAUGAUCUCACAAUCGGAGUGGAGUUUGGUGCUCGGAUGAUCACCAUUGACGGCAAGCAGAUCAAACUUCAGAUAUGGGACACUGCUGGACAGGAGGCUUUCAGAUCAAUCACACGGUCGUACUACCGCGGCGCGGCGGGCGCGCUUCUAGUCUACGAUAUCACCAGGCGGGACACGUUUAACCACCUCACCACCUGGUUGGAAGACGCGCGCCAGCACUCCAACUCCAAUAUGGUGAUCAUGCUCAUUGGAAACAAAAGUGAUCUGGAAUCACGGCGCGAAGUCAAGAAAGAGGAGGGCGAGGCCUUCGCCCGUGAGCAUGGCCUGGUCUUCAUGGAGACGUCCGCCAAGACCGCCGCGAAUGUCGAGGAGGCGUUCAUCAACACCGCCAAAGAGAUCUACGAGAAGAUCCAGGAAGGCGUCUUCGAUAUCAACAAUGAGGUAAGUUACUUAGGGGCCAUCCAUAAAGUACGUCACACGAAUUUCAUGAUUUUUUGGGCCCCGUCCAACCCACCCGCCCCCCCGUCCUUGUCACAGUUGAAGAAGGUUUCCCUACGCCACAUCAAAAGUUGCUACUUCGAAUGUCACGACAGCGAGAACGUUGCGUCGAAAGGUCAUUAA